AACAAUAAGACGUCAGUUUAACUUUUGUAAGUAAGCGUGUCGACAAACUAUCAGAGUUUCGAGCAAGCUAUGGACGACCGGUGGAUUCUGCCGAUUCUGGCCGUCUUUGGGUUCGCUAUCACGCUCACACAAGGGGCAGUUCCUAGGAUUAUAGGGGGCAAUGAUGCCGGAGAGGAUGCGUGGCCAUGGCAGGUUCUUCUCCUACACAAAAAUAGGUUCAUGUGUGGCGGUACACUCCUAAACGCCGAUACCGUUCUGACAAUGGCCCAUUGCACCAAAAGAAUGAGGAGAAAGUUUUUCAGAGUUAAAGUUGGGGAAUAUGACAGAAAGAAAAACGAAAGAAGUACCAGAGGAGAAAUGAGGAUUAAAGUCAAGAAAAUAAUAAAGCAUCCUGAUUAUGAUAGAUAUUCAGGGAAAAACGACCUGUCGAUCUUGAAGCUAGAAAGAUGUGUCAAGUUCUGCAAAUACAUUCGUCCGAUACCCAAACUGGCAGACGACAGUGUGGACCCCACCAACAGAACCUGUUACGUCACUGGCUGGGGGGCCUACAACAGACAAAAACUGUUUCGUUAUGCGAGAAUUCUGCAAGAGCUUCAGACGUCAGUGAUAACAAAAGCUCAGUGCGAAGCCGGCAUCCAGGGCUCAUUUAAUGCAACUGAUGAUAUGAUGUGUACUAGCGUUGAUCCCAAAGGCGCUUGUUUUGGUGAUAGUGGUAGUCCUCUCCAAUGCCUUGUGAACCGGAAAUGGGUUCACGUAGGAUCUGUACUUGGAGGUAAUGCCGACUGUCGGGGACCAACCAUAUAUGCUAAGACGUCUUACCACAGGGACUGGAUCUUGAAAAACAUGAAGUGAACGUUUUCAUCAGUCAAUAACCAACAGGCAAGCCCUCGGCUGCAAUGGUAUCACGUAGGUCCUAUCACGAGCCAGCCUUUCCCAUGAUGCCGUGCAUUGUCUUUCCACUUAUUUAAAGAUGUCACAGUUGACGUAAAUUAACAUACAAUAUUUGGUUUGCUGAAAUAAACUGGUUAUAACCAAGCCUAACACUU